AUGGCAGCACUCUUUGUCAGUGGGGCUUUCUGCGGAGGCCAAACCAUGGCACGAAGUCCUAAUUCGAAGAACCUCUGGUAUUUGUUAAAUUUUUUUGAAGAUAAAACUUUGGAUCUGUACACAGAACACGGCGCGCUACAGGGGUCUGAUGUUAUUCUGAGACGAGAGACGGAUGGCUACCGGUCCAUAGACUACACCAAAUCUACAUCUCGGUUUAUGUUAGAGUUGUUCUCAAAGCUCCACAGGGGAGAGUCUUUGCCCAAAGCUAGUGGGCACAACCAGGGACCUCUAGACAUUCUGAGCACAGACACCGUCCGCUGUUUCUCCGCCAUAGCGGUUUACAGUGGAACUUCACAAAAGACUACUUUUGAUUUCCGAGUACCGCGACUUUCUCCUAAUGAGCAACUGGAGUUGGCAGAAUUCAGAAUUCCAAUCCGGAACAAAAAGAGACACUCAAAAAAGUUGAAGCUUCAUAUCAAGCGAGGCUCAUCUCAUCUCGGCACCUUUAGUAUUCGUGUCAAGCCAUUUUCUGAUGGAGAUAACAAGUAUCUGGUCUAUGACAUUACCAGCUCUCUCCGAACCUUGGUCAAUGGUUACCAUGGCAACAUGACUGUUAGUAUAAACGUACGUGAUCUGUCUAACGGAAAUCACAAAGUUGAUGUGAAGACAGGGGCGGGAGCUGUUGGGGAGUCGAAAGAUGUCUUGUUAGUAUUUUACUCUGAGAACAGAGGGUUUCUGGGGGCCAUGUACAGCAGCUAUACUGAGCAAGGUCCAAGUGACAGAGACAAACGACGCCAACAUAGGACAUUCCGUGACGUCACCAGGCGACGACGGAGAAAAAAUAAAAACAAAUGGUCUGCAAAGAAAUCAAGAAAAUCUGGAAACUUGUGUCAAAAGUUCGACUUUUACGUGGAUUUUAACAAAAUUGGUUGGGGUAGAUGGAUCGUAUUUCCCAAGAGGUUUAAUGCUUUCUUGUGUCAUGGAAAUUGUCCAUCACCGAUAGCCAGUGAGCUGUUACCUACCAAUCAUGCCAUGAUGCAAAGUCUGAUGCGGCAGAAGAGGCCAAAUGCGGCACCCAUGCCUUGUUGUGUGCCCAGCAAACUGAAACCUCUCAGUAUGCUGUAUUAUGAGUACGACGAGAUUCUCCUCAGGCAUCACGAGAACAUGAUUGCCGAAGAAUGUGGCUGUAGAUAG